AUGCUGCACCUGAUCGUCUCGGCACUGCUCCUCGCAGCCGCUCCCGUUCGCAGUGAGCAAGCGGCGGCCACCGGUUUCAGCUAUCUCUCGGGCUUUUUCGUCCAGGGAAGUGCGGGGCCAGCACUGCCAGCGACGAACCUGCCUCGCUUAGGUCUCGUGGAAGGCAAGACGUGGGAGGACGUGCAGGCGGCGAUUGACGCCAAAGAACAGGCAGGAAGCCACGUGAAGCUCAUUGUCUUCUUACGUCAUGGAGAGGGCAUCCACAACGUCGCAAGUGCAAAGUACGGCGCCGAGUGGGACGUCUACGGCAGACUGCCCGAGUACACGGACGCACCGCUGACAGCGCUGGGCAGGCAGCAAGCGCAAGCAGCUUCUGAAGCGCUCAACACAGAGGUCGCGAACGGCCUUCGCCUCGAGCACGUGGUCAUUUCGCCGCUCGAGCGCACGCUCCGCACGUACUCGAUCGCGUACCAGAACCAGACGGCGAUCAGCCGAGCGCCGAUGGAGCUGCCGCGCGAGAUUCUGGGCGUGUUCACGUGCGACCACCGCCGUCGGAUCACAGAGAAGCGCGUGGAGUACCCUGAGUUGGACUUCAGCGGCAUUGAGGCGGACGAAGACCCGUGGUGGACGCCCGACCACCGCGAGACGGACGCCGAGAUUGAGCUCCGCGCGACAAAGUUCCUCGAGGUCCUCUUCGACACUUCUGAUGCCCACAACGUCGGGGUCGUCUCGCACAGUGUCUUUGGGGCUGCGCUGCUGCGCGUGAUCGGCCACCGCAACUUUGACCUCGGGACAGCCACGUUCCUGCCACUUCUCAUUGAACGGACUGCCAGUAACUAA